AUGCAAGCAGUAAACUACACUAGACUCUCACAGUUCCUGCUGCUGGGCCUCUCAGAGGAUCCAGAAGUUCAGUCCAUUCUCUUUAUACAGUUCCUUUCCAUGUACCUGGUCGCUAUGCUUGGGAACCUGCUCAUCAUCCUGGCCGUCAGCUCUGACUCCCACCUCCACAUCCCCAUGUACUUCUUCCUCUGUAAUCUCUCCUUUGUUGACAUUGGCUUGAUCUCCACCACAGUCCCAAAGAUGCUGGAGAACAUCCAGGCACAGAACAAAGACAUCUCUUACAUAGACUGCCUCACUCAAGCAUAUUUUUUUAUUAUUUUUUUUGGAGUGGAUGACUUCCUCCUGACAGUGAUGGCCUAUGACCGCUUUGUGGCCAUCUGUUAUCCCCUGAAAUACACAAUCAUCAUGAACCCUCGCUUCUGUAGCUUUCUGGUUCUAAUGUCCUGGUUCAUCAUAUUAUGGAUAGGUCUGAUUAAUAUCCUCAUGCUGAUGCAACUCACCUUCUCUAUGGGCACUGUUAUCCCACAUUUCUUCUGUGAACUGCCUCAGCUUCUCAAGGUGGCCAGCUCUGAUGUCCUUAUCAAUAACAUCAUUCUAAACAUGAUAGCUGUCCUACUGGGUGUAUUUCCUGCCUUUGGUAUCAUCUUCUCUUACUCUAAGAUUGUCUCUUCUUUAAUGAAGUUGUCCUCCACUACAAGCAGGUAUAAAGCAUUUUCCAACUGUGGGUCUCACCUCUGUGUGGUUUCCUUGUUCUAUGGAACAGGACUUGUAAUUUACCUCAGUUCGGCUGUGACCCAUUCUUCCCAGGAAAACUCAAUGGCCUCUGUGAUGUACACUGUGGUGACCCCCAUGCUUAACCCCUUUACCUACAGCCUAAGGAACAGGGAUAUGAAAGAGGCCCUGAGAAGACUUCUUAGCAGAGCAUCAUCUUGUCUUUCGUAG